GAAAAAAAUCAUCAAAAAUAUUUUUAUUUACAUACCAUAAAUGAUCAAAUAUCCCUUAUAGUAUACCUUAAAUCAUUGUUAUUCAUUAAAAGUAUUUUAAAUAGAUAGUUCAAAGUUCUAUAACUCUAGCCAACGAGGACAUGGAUCGUAAGACACCGGAAUUGCGACCAGCCAUCAAUGAGUACUUCAAAGACCCAUCGCCGUCGUCCGACCUGUUCGACAAAAUAUCGUCUCACGCGACAAAUGAUUUGAAGCGAGAAGAACCGGCUGUCUGUCGUAUUUUCCAGCAAAUAGACUCCAAGAAAACCGACAUAUUCGACAUUAUCAAACCAUCUGACAAUAGCCGCAACACGAGUCCGGGUUUCGAGGUCCGGGAAGCAUCAUUUAUGAAUACUAGUAACAACGAGGAAGAGUCUGAGGAUAUUUUCAUUUAUGAUUAUGAACUCUCAGCCAUACCUGUUGAAGACGAACGCAGACGUUUUGCUUGGAUACCCUCGGUCAAGACGAAAAGUAUACUGGAUAAAGGUUCUCAUAUAAAUCAUAACUUGUCCAGAGAUAUGCUAACCACGCCGGGAGUAGAAAAUGUUACUUUUACUAAUAAAACGUACGAAGGUCUCGUAUCAUACCUCGGUAAAAUCGAAGCAGCUCCAUUUAAAAGUAAAACCAUAGAAGAAGUUACUCAAGACGAUCGAGGUCUAAAAAUGUUAAUCGAAGACGGCAAUCAUGCCGAGGCAUUAAACCUAACUACCAGACUAUUAGCCAUGUACGGACAAGGACCAGGACAAAUGGGUUACCCGAGUAAACACACUAAACAUUCCCUACAGUUGUGGCUUACGAGAUUUUCGUUAUUGGUGAAAACUUGUGCUUGGAAAAUUGCUAGCAAAGAAGCCCUUGCCUGGGAGGAUUUAGACAAACCAGAUCUUUAUAUGCAAUGGUAUAAAGAACUGUAUGGUAACAAAAAUGGAACACUGGUGCCAUUUAGUUUGAGAUUAAUAUUAGCCGAGUUACCACAAUAUACAACGUCUUCAAAUGUCUAUAAAAAACUGUUUGAAGUGCUAACGUCUAUUAAAAAAAUUAUCAAUAACUUAGAAAACGGCUUAGCCGAAGAUGGUCAAAAUAUUGAACUCUCAAUUCAAGACCGCAAUACGUCAAGACUUUUGUGGUACUCGAGAGAAUCGCGAGUCAUUCAUUCCGUCAUUAACUGUGCUGUUAAUCAAAAAAAUUACAAACUUGCUAUACAGUUAUUGAAAAAUCUAAUUGAAAAGCCUAGAUUAAAUUAUACAAUUGAUCACAAUCGAUCACUUCUGUCAGCGAUGGGUAGAAUUUGCCUACAAGUCGGCGAUCUUAAGGCCCAUACUUAUUUCCUUAAAUCUUCGCGGUUGAAACCUCAAGUAAUGGGAACAUUGAGUGAAAAUAAAGCUGAUCAACGUGAAUUAAUCGAUGCAGCGCUUUUGGCCAUUGCACAAAACAAUUACAAAGACGCGUACAAACAUUUUGAGAACGCGUAUAUUCUAAGUUCCAAUAAAGUUAUGGCUUUAAACAAUAUGGCUACGUGUUUGUUUUACGAAGGGCAACUGAACAAUGCCAUUGCCUUGUUAGAAGAUGCAAUACAAAGAUUUCCUGAAUUGGCGCUAAACGAAAGUUUGUUGUCUAACAUUUGUUGUUUUUACCAGUUCCAAAAUUCCGCGUCCAAUAAACAAAGGCUUCUUAAAUACCAUAUAAUUUCCAAGUAUAAAAAUUGUGUUACCGACCUAGUUAUUUAAUUGUGUACUGUAUGAUGAAUGUACAAAAUAAUCAUUAAUUAAUGAUUACGAAGCAAUAUUGUAAUUGAAUCUUCUGUUGAAUCGUAACUUGUAUAGAAAUUAUUAUACUUUUAUUUUUAUAUAAUAUUACAAGUUUUUCGCUGUUAAA